GCUCAGUACUAAUUGCUACUUUGAGUCGGUGACGAGUGACUACAUUCACCUCCCUUCUGUUGUGCUAUGAACAUCAACCGAUCCCGAUUCCUUCCUGAUUAACUAAUCCUCACCAACGAUCCAUCCAUCCCAUAACUUCAUGCCUGUUCCCUUCAUCAUCCAAAAACCCGGUCUUUACCACGGCGGAUCCAGAACCAAUAUUCGGAAUAUCCACUCGAAAUGAUCGCACAUUAUCCCUAGAAAAGAUAGCUAUAAACCCUUGCUGCAUGAGUUAACUUUAGGAGCGGCUCGUCGUUUUUUGAGGCGUGAAAAACUUUCCUCUCCAUCGUUCCCGCUUUGGUUCGUCAGAUUUCUAUUCUCCAUCUUAGCCGGUCUUAUUCCAGGUGGCUAAAAAUAAGGACAAAAGGAUAUUAUGAUUCGGAUCAAGGUCUGCUAAGACAUGGCCAAUUAUUUCCUGGGUCAUCUCCAUCAUACGGUGCAAGCGUCUAUGUAAUCAAUUUAGUGGGCCAAGUGUGUAUCUGUAUUUUAAUAUGUGGGCCCGGAUAGUACUUAAUAUCCACUGCUGCUAUAGAAGACUCUGAAAAUAUUUCUAGGCGGGAGCUGUUGAAGCUCACGAUUCCCUUUAUAUAUUAUUAUAGAUUAGUAUAGACAUGUUAAAAAGGGUAUAUUAAAAUAAUCCCUUUUUAAUAUUUCUGGACAGGAGGCCCCGUUAAUCUAUUACGAGGAACCCAGAUGAUGUUUGGGGCUGUCCAAUUGGGAAUAAUGGCGGCUUGCGUGGUGCUCUUCGUUCCGCUUGGUAUGGCGGGCUGGCAUUUGAGCCGCAACAAGAUGCUCUUCUUCAGCUGCGCCCUCUUCAUCACCCUCUCCGUCGGCGUCCACUUAACCCCUUACUUCCCUUCAAUCUCCUCCCUCCUUCCAUCUCCGGGUUUCCCGCAUUCUGAAUCCUCUCCAGAUUUAAACCCUAAUUCUUGCAUUUCCUCACUUCAUCAAGUCACAUUCAGUGUCCCGAAAUCAGACACAAGCAACAAAUCUUGGGAUUGGGCACAUUCCGAGCUUGUGGAUCGAUGUGAAUUUCAGAAGUUGAGGAAACGGGAUGCUUCAGAUUUGCUAAACGGGUCAUGGGUCGUUGUUGCAGGGGAUUCACAGGCGAGACUCUUGGUGGUUUCACUAUUGGAGUUGUUAUUGGGGUCAAAUGAGGUCAGCGGGGAUCUCUUCAAGAGACACAGUGAUUACAGCAUUGUGUUGGAUGAUAUUGGGAUGAAGCUUGAUUACAGAUGGGCACCAUAUGUGAGUAACUUGACUCGUUUGGUGUUUGAUUUCAAGGAUAAGAACUAUUACCCUGAUGUGUUAGUGAUGGGGUCCGGUCUAUGGGAUAUGUUACACGUGAAUGAUGCAUCAGAUUAUGGGGUAUCAUUGAAGCUGUUGAGAGAUUCUCUAGUGAUGUCCUUACCCAUCUACCCGGAAUCUGAGUCAGGUACAGGUCGCUCGCCCCGCAUGUUUUGGGUCGGGAUGCCGAUGCUGAUUAAUUCAAUGUUGAACACAGAAGAAAAGAGGGAGAGGAUGACUGAUGCUCAAUGGAAGGCUUAUAGUGAAGAAGUUUAUCGUAGUAAAUUGCUGUUAGGAUACGGCGGGCCCUUUUUCUUGUUGGAUAUUCACACUUUGAGCGGUAAUUGCGGGCCAGAAUGCACCACAGAUGGUAUGCAUUAUGAUGGGAUUGUCUAUGAUGCGGCAGUUCAAGUUAUGUUAAACGGAUUGGUUAUAGAGUCCAACCAGAAGUUGUUAUGAUGAAGGGGCCGGGCUGUUAUGGGUCCCUCAUCUAACCUGCUGUUUCUGUUAAUGCAUAGUAGGUCUUAUAGAGCUGGAGAAGGCAUUCAUUUUUCCACAUCCAUCCUUGAUAUGAGCAAAUGGAUGAUGCAUUUGUGCUCUCAUGUAAAAGCAUUUUUACUUGUAUUAUUUACAAGCAAUUUUUAUAUAUACAGUGCGCCAUCAAUCCAUUAUAAGAUUUCCAUGC